AUGAUCCUAGAUGGUGUUGAGGGAACCCCAGCCGGGCCCGGCCUGAAGGCAUUGAUAGCUCAGGAGGGCGGUUCGACAGACGUGGCUUCAUUUUACAAGGCCGCCCGGGCGUACAAUUCUGGUACUGUUGCCUCUAGCGGUAACUUGGGUCAGGGGAUUGCCACUCACUGCUACGCCUCGGACAUUGCCAAUCGCCUUUUGGGCUGGACCAAUGGUCCUAGCCGAAGCAAGCUCGCUUCAUUCACCGUAUACUUCAGCUUUUGCCACCACAACUUCUGCGCUGAUCUCUCUCAGCACGGCCCAAUGUGCUUGUAG